GUCGGCAGGACGAGACUUCCGAGGAGGAGGACUCCGACGCCGCGCAGCUAGCCGCUCGGCUCUCGAAGGAGGUCCAGAGCUGGGGGCCGCACCCGAGCGUGGAGCGGUUUCAGAUGGCGCCAAGGGUCGCCUGGGAGCGAGAGCUCAUGAUGUGCGGCUGCCAGUGCCACAACACGUUGGACUGGAAGGGCAGAAAUCCCGUGCCCACGACCGCCCGGUCCGUGUGGCUGCUCCCGGCGCAGGACGACGCGGCGGAGCACGUGGCAGAAGACCAGGCCAGCUCCGCCCUCGCCACGCAGCAGGCCAAGAGUUUCAUCGCCAACUUGCGCCACCCCCCGACCACAGGGUUCCCUUUCGUGGAAGCGCGCGAGGAGUUGCGUCAUUGGCUUCAUGAAGUGAUCGAGGAGCACGAGAUCCAGCUCCGACA